AGCUUGCCCUCCCGCCAUGGCAUCACCGGAUGGAGCCAGUGGCAUGGGCGGCAGCCCCGAGGAGACAGAGCUCAGCAUCACCCUGACCCUCCGCAUGCUCAUGCACGGCAAGGAGAUCGGCAGCAUCAUCGGCAAGAAAGGAGAGACUGUUAAGAGGAUACGAGAGCAGAGCAGCGCGCGCAUCACCAUCUCGGAGGGGUCCUGCCCCGAGCGCAUCACCACCAUCACCGGCUCCACUGACGCCGUUUUCCGCGCCGUCUCCAUGAUUGCCUUCAAGCUGGAGGAGGACCUGGGAGCAGGGAGCGAUGGGGCAGCAAUGGGCAGAGCGCCGGUGACGCUGCGCCUCGUCAUCCCAGCCAGCCAGUGCGGCUCGCUCAUCGGCAAGGCAGGAGCUAAGAUCCGGGAGAUUCGGGAGAGCACGGGGGCGCAGGUGCAGGUGGCCGGCGACCUGCUGCCCAACUCCACCGAACGGGCCGUCACUGUCUCGGGGGUGCCAGACACCAUCAUCCAGUGCGUGAGGCAGAUCUGCGCCGUCAUCCUGGAGUCGCCUCCGAAGGGGGCCACCAUCCCCUACCACCCUGGCCUCUCCCUGGGCACCAUCCUGCUCUCUGCCAACCAGGGCUUCUCCAUGCAGGGCCAGUACAGCGGGGUGUCUCCCGCGGAGGUGACGAAGCUGCAGCAGCUGUCAGGGCACACGCUCCCCUUCGCCUCCCUGGGCCACGCACCCUCCAUGGUGCCAGGCCUGGACACAAGCUCCCAGAGCAGCUCCCAGGAGUUCCUGGUGCCCAACGAUCUCAUCGGCUGCAUCAUCGGCCGGCACGGCAGCAAGAUCAGCGAGAUCCGGCAGAUGUCAGGCGCCCACAUCAAGAUCGGGAACCAGACCGAGGGCUCCAGUGAGCGGCACGUGACCAUCACAGGGUCCCCCGUCAGCAUCACCCUGGCUCAGUACCUCAUGACAGCCUGCUUAGAGACGGCCAAAUCUACCUCCCAGGUGCCGCCGGGCCCUGGCUCCGUGGACCUCGGCGUGGGCUUCUCCCAGCCCCUCACCCCGGGCUCCGGCGCGGCACUGCCCGCCGUCACCCCAGCCCCUCCGGCCCUGCUGGGCACCCCCUACACCAUCUCCCUCUCCAACUUCAUUGGUCUGAAGCCGGUGUCCUUCCUGGCGCUGUCCCCGUCCUCCGUGGCGGGGCCCAACGGCGGGGCUGCCGCCCCCUACACGACCAAGAUCUCGGCAGCCAACGGCACCAAGAAAGCCGACCGGCAGAAGUUCUCACCCUACUGAGCCCUGCUGGUGGGUGGGUGAGGGGAUCUGGGGUGCCACUUGGUGCCAGGGACACAUCCCUGUCA